AUGGUUGGUCCUACCGCUCAGGCUGCUAAGAACGCCUUCAACUGGAAGAAGGUUAUCCCUGUCGAGGUGUACCCUAUCAUUGCCAUUACCGGCUUCGCUGUUGGCGGUGCUGCUUGGUACAUUACCCGCCUUGCUCGCGCUCCUGAGGUGAUUUGGGACAAGAAGAACAACCCGACUCCCUGGAACAACAUUGAGCCCGGUACCGGCUACAAGAUGCUCAACAUCAACGGUCAAUUCGACAAGCACUACAAGCGCGACCGUCUCUAA